AUGGACGAGUGCCUGUUGCACUGUCGAAUCGACAGCAUGUUGCAGCAUUGUUGUUGCGUCUCCUCGCCAUUGGCAGGCAGUGCCAGGAAUAUCACCUACUGCACACUGCUCGAUUUGCCAUGUCUGAUGAAGUGGAAGCGCGUUUGGUUCAGCUACACGGAAUUCCCAUAUGUGCAUCAGGAUAAUGAGGAAAUUGAGACGGGCAUUGAUCAGUGUAAGCAUUGUUUGCCCACCUGCAAUGGAGUCGACUUUGAGAUUGUGAGUAAUGUGGCCCCAUUGCGUCGUACCUACAAUUCAUCUGGCUAUUUCCAUGGUUUGCUCAAGGGCUUGACCAACGAUCGACCUUUGUCCAUUAUCAAGUUAUUCUUCAGACUGCGCUUUGCUCAGGCAACUGAAAUGGAUAUGGUUGGCGAUUGGGUAGUUCUACUCAGUUGA